CAGCGAACACGAACGUUCGCGCGUUUCGAAUUUAGAAUUCUAUCAACCUUGAAAACAAUUGUUUCGUUAAACAAGUGUGAUCCGUGAUCGCGGACGCCAUAUUUGUUCGUUGUCAGAACAUGACAGAAAUGGAGUGGACAAAUCGUCUAGUCAUAAGGCUAAUGCAAGAAUAUGCGAAAAGACCUGAACUCUGGGAUACUACAAACGAGCUAUACAGAGUUCAGACAGCGAGAUACGAAGCGUGGUCGGACUUGGCGGGGCUAUUCGAGUGCGAUAUAGCGGAGUUGCGGAAGAAAUUGAAUUCGAUUUUCGCGUCGCAUCGGAGGGAGAAGGCGAAAGUUCGACUCGGGGGCAAGUCGACGUGGUUUUUGUAUCCAUAUAUGAAUUUUUUGCCGACGCAUCUGCAGAAUAGUACUAAUGAUAGUGUUGUUGAGACUUCAAUCCACCAAGAGACCGAAGAGCCUGAACAACAAUCUUCAGACGAAGACAACAACGCCAACGAAGAACAAGACGAAGUCGUUCACGAAGAAAUUAUCAUCAAGUCAGAACCACAAACUGUAGAGUACGCCAGACCAAGAAAACGGUUCAGAUACACUCACGCCACCCAUAAACCGAGACUGACUAAGUUUGCCAGGAAAGUUGUCAAAGAUAAUACUAACAAUAAUUCUAAUCUUGACAGUAAAGUAUUAGAAACACUAAGUUUGCUAAGGAGAUCAGAUUUGACAAGGAAGAAAGAUGAGUGUGACAGUUUUGGUGAAUAUAUAGCUAUAUCUUUAAGGAAACAUGAUGAAAGGACGCAAUCGAUGAUAAAACAAGCUAUAAAUAACAUAUUGUUUGAGCAGGAGAUGAAGAAAUAUAGCGUGGGGCAAUAUGCUGUAGUCAUUUCAGGGGUUGAUGAGAAUCCUCUUAUUUUGAGUGAUGAUAAGUAAUCUUUAGGUUUAAAUAAAAAUUCAAAUAAUAAUUAGAGUCCUUCUAAGCUAACUUUGCACUGACUUGAAAAGAACAAAGUGGUGGAGUGUCGUUAUUUUAAAAGAUAUUUGACAUUAAGAAUGACAUAUCAAACUUUGUCAUUGCAAAUGCCAUGUAACGGGCGUUUUGUUGGCUUUAUCCACGUGACAAAAUAAUAGUCACUUUUUAACACCGCGGGAUAGAAAGUGACGGAUACCGUUUUAUCACGCUUUCCGACAAAAACGAACAUCAUAUCCGUACAGAGCUAGCUUCGUCUGCCAUUAUUUCAUAAAUACUAUUGUUUAUUAUUAGGCCAAGCAAUAAGAAGUUAUAGAGGGAAAUGCUAGGAACACAAUUUUUGACUCCGUAACUUUGUUUGGG